GAGGGCUACUGACAAGGAAAGAACAAGAGAUUUUAUUCAUCACAUUCUUAUAAUUUCCAUGAAUAUUUAUCAUUCAGCAUUACAAUUUUUAUUCCAGUAACAGUUUCUCAAAUAUGCCUCUCAAAGUUUUACUCACAAUCUAUCCCUGGAGAUAAUUCCUGGGCCUUUAUUAGAUUGAUCUAAUCAUCUUUGAACUUUCACUAGAAUUUUAUCCAUGUCUAAUUCACUCAUAGAAUGUUGAUUUCCCUGCAGUUCCCUCUGAGUAGAAUUUUCAAGGUAAAAUUGUAGGGAGGGGUAAGAGGGACAAAUAAGUACACUCGUCCACUUAUUGUUUUCUUAUCCUAUCUUAUCCUAUCUUAUCCUAAUUUAUCCUAACUUAUCCUAACUUAUCCUAAUUUAUCCUAUCUUACCCUAUCUUAUCCUAUCUUAUCCUAAUUUAUCCUAAUUUAUCCUAUCUUAUCCUAUCUUAUCCUAUCUUAUCCUAACUUAUCCUAUCUUAUCCUAACUUAUCCUAUCUUAUCCUAACUUAUCCUAACUUACCCACCCACCUAAGAUCACUUAAUAAUCCCUCCCAGCCUAAAAUUCUUAAUGAUUAUGUAUCCCCUAUUACUUAAUUGACUAUAGAAAAAAAGAAAAACAAUGUAAUGUUCAAGACCAACUCAAAAACGUUCUACAAUCUGAAACAACCAAAAGCGUCCAUUCCCAUCAGAUGCAUGUUCCCUCUCCAGCUGAAUAUGUAGCGUGGUUCCUGCAGACUCUUCUCUUCCGCAGGUGGUCCUUCAUGACUGUUCAGGCCUCUCCAACAGGGUGCUCUCCAUUGCCAAUCUCGGAACUGUGUGGGAUGCAGGAUGCUGAUGAUGCGUGACAACCAGAUCAGUUCAGGAGUCCAAGAGGACCUGGGCUCCGUUGGGAGCGACGGUCGGAAUUAUGAGUCCAUUCUUCACGUUCCUGUCAACGAAUUCUCGCAGGGCAGCCAUUUCAGAUUCAGUCAACGAGUACACAUGUCCGCUGGGAAUGCUGUGAGCUCCAGGGAUCAUCUCUAUGUGGGGGUCAACCAGCCGCUGACCCGGGUAGGCGUGCUCAUCCACAGGGGCUGGAUUAGGAGUGGGGUUUGCUGAGCACUCCCAUUCCUGAAAACUGGAAGGUCACACCAAGCUACCUGAGACAGGUGCCAUCUUCACAUACGCUUUUUUAUUAAGCUGUGCUGAUGGCAUAAAUGGAACAGUUAACUGGAAGACCAGACAAGCGAACAGUUUUAUUAUCAGCAGAAAAAUGGCUGCUGGGAAGAAAGACGUGUACACUCUUUUCUCAAAGGUGCACGCUGAUCGGAACGUAUACCCGUCUGCAGGUGUCCUCUUUGUUCAUGUUUUGGAGAGAGAGUAUUUCAAGGGUGAAUUUCCUCCUUAUCCAAAGCCCGGUGAGGUUAGUAAUGAUCCCAUAACAUUUAACACAAAUUUAAUGGGUUACCCAGACAGACCUGGAUGGCUUCGCUACAUCCAAAGGACACCAUACAGUGAUGGGGUUCUGUAUGGGUCCCCAACAGCUGAAAAUGUGGGGAAACCAACAAUCAUCGAGAUAACUGCCUAUAAUAGACGUACCUUUGAGACUGCAAGGCAUAAUUUGAUAAUUAAUAUAAUGUCAGCAGAAGAAUUUCCGUUGCCAUAUCAAGCAGAAUUCUUCAUCAAAAAUAUGAAUGUGGAGGAGAUGUUGGCCAGCGAGGUUCUUGGAGACUUUCUCGGGGCUGUAAAAAAUGUGUGGCAACCGGAGCGCCUCAACGCUAUAAACAUCACGUCGGCCCUAGAUAGGGGUGGCAGGGUGCCGCUUCCUAUUAAUGACAUGAAGGAGGGUGUUUAUGUCAUGGUUGGUGCCGAUGUUGCAUUUUCUUCUUGUUUACGAGAAGUUGAAAAUCCACAGAACCAGUUGAGAUGCAGUCAAGAAAUGGAGCCUGUGAUAACAUGUGAUAAGAAGUUUCGAACUCAGUUUUACAUUGACUGGUGCAAAAUUUCACUGGUUGAUAAAACAAAGCAAGUGUCCACCUAUCAUGAAGUGGUUCGUGGUGAGGGGAUCUUGCCUGAUGGUGGGGAGUACAAGCCCCCCUCUGAGUCUUUGAAAAGCAGGGACUACUACACGGAUUUCCUGGUCACCCUGGCUGUGCCCUCGGCAGUAGCACUGGUACUUUUCCUGAUCCUUGCCUACAUCAUGUGCUGCCGCCGGGAAGGAGUGGAAAAGAGAAACAUGCAAACCCCAGAUAUCCAACUUGUCCAUCACAGUUCUAUUCAGAAAUCUACCAAGGAGCUUCGAGACAUGUCCAAAAACAGAGAGAUUGCAUGGCCCCUGUCUACACUCCCCGUGUUUCACCCCGUGACUGGGGAAAUCCUACCUCCCCUGCACACAGACAACUACGACAGCACCAACAUGCCCUUGAUGCAGACACAGCAGAACUUGCCACACCAGACUCAGAUUCCCCAACAGCAGACUACAGGUAAAUGGUAUCCCUGAAGAAAGAAAACUGACCGAAGCAAUGAGUUUAUAGUCAGCAACACAGCAUUGCGUCUCAUUUCCUUUCGCUCCCAAUAAUGCAUGAGCUUUUCUGACAUCAGUUAUGCAUGUUGACUGUAUUAAGUAUAUACCAAAUACUACAACAUAUCUUUUAUUUACUAAUGUAUUUUUUUGUACUUAAAGCAUUUUUGAAAAUUUAUAAGACAUCAGUGACUUUAUAUUUGUUACAAUAAAAAGUGAUCUUUAAAAUAAAUAUUAAUGAAGUCUAA